UGAAGGUACGAGCGUAUAAUCGCUGAUUUCGGGAUGCUGUCGUCUGCAACUUCAGAUGGAUUUUGUGCCUUCCGCCGCAGUCUCUUUCGAACGCGAGUGCCGUUAAUUUCAUAGAAAAAGGAGGGGGUGUGCUCUGCCUCUAACCGAGUGUACAUUGUACAUAUUUGAUAUUUGUGUUCAUCAUCAUCAUCAUACUUAUAUAUGAGAUUUGCGUGUAUUUUCAAAUUUUACUUAAAUCAUAUCUAUAGCAAACAAAUCUAAAAAUAGAGCAUAACGAGAAAACUUUUCGAAUAUACAGUCGUCUUAAAACCUUAGAGAAAGAAAUUCCCUGAAUAUUUGCAUAAAAUAAUAGCAUCACAGCAACUUGCAACAUAAACAUAAUAGUCGAAAGCACACACCUAACCUCCACACCCUCACGCGACGCAUAUUCUCCAAUUUCCAUUGCAUAUUGAAAAACAAAAAACCUUUCAACUUGAAUUAAUUAUGUUACCUUGAGUGAUUUAAACGAAAUAAUAAAAGUUCACACACACACAGUUUUCACACAUUGAGUAUCUCAAAAACGAAAUUCAUAAGACAACAAUCGAAAAAAAAAACCAAAUAAAAAUGCCCGCUUCAAAUACCAUUGUUUUGAAAAGUUUGUCCAUUCUUCUGGGCUUGUUUUUCGUGUUCGUGGGAACCCUUAAGCUGACGCCUCACAUCAGCAAGGAUUUGUACAAGGAUUUGCGCACAGAAUACGUGAAGUAUGCCAAAGUUUUUCCAUUGACAGCACUUUUUGGUAUUAAAAUUCCUUCCAAAUGGUAUCGACGUUCCGUUGGUGUCCUGGAAAUUGUAUGUGGUUUGGCCAUGGCCCUUAUUCCGUACCAUAAAGUUAAGAAUGCUGCCAACAUUACCCUUUUAGUCCUAAUGCUUUUGGGCAUUUAUCAACAUUGGAUGGUUAGCGAUCCUUUCGAACGUUCCGGACCAGCGUUGGUCUUUACAUUCAUGCUAGGAGGACGUUUAGUUGUCUGGUAUCAGACAAGUCGCAAGGAAGCUGAACAAAUUGCCAUGGCGCAAGCGCAAACGAAUGGAGUUAAACAGGAUUGAAGUUGUCUUAAGAAAAAAGCAAUAGAUUUUAAACGCUACAUUUUUGGUGCCACCCUACCAUUGGUUUCGUCAUCACAAAUAUCUCGAAUUUUCAUGAAUUAAGGCGCUCAAUUUCGAAAGGAUAUAAAAGCAGUUCGUACAAUUAUUCACAGUGUCAUCAAAUUUUAACAGAAAUAGCCGAAGCGAAAAUGACAACUCAUUGAGCACUUAAACCGAAAUAAAUAAUAAAAUAAAAUAA